CGUCAAUUGGGCGACCCAAAUCUCUAAUGGCUAGGAUAAUCUCCCCCUUAGGUAUUUCGGCCUUCAUCUACUCCAAUUGAACCCCGCACACAACCUACACAAGCUUUCAAUGUUAGGGGAGAGCUAUGCGUCAUGGCCCUGCGCAAAGCCCUGCCUCCAUUGCUUCUCCACUCCACUCUAAAGAUCAAAUCUCUCUAACGAUACAUUAGCCUUCAUGUCUCUCGUACGCCCUAAUACCCGUUUCCUCUGCCUCCGAACCAUAAACCAAAUCCGCACAUACGCCGCCCCCGGCGAAGGCGCAAUCCCACCCUCGAAGAAGAAAUACGUCCCAACAUCCGGCACAUAUCCGCUCGGCUUCAAAGCUGGAAGCGCGCACGUCGGUGUUAAGGCUAGUAACACGCGGUUCGACGACCUCGCUCUCAUUGCCUCGGACACGCCAUGUUCGGGCGCGGCGGUCUUCACGACGAACAAAUUCCAGGCGGCGCCGGUGACGGUGUCGAGGGAGAUGCUAAAAAGGAGAUCAGGGGACGGAGUCAGGGCCGUGGUCGUGAAUUCGGGUUGUGCGAAUGCGGUUACGGGGAAGGGUGGGAUAGAGGAUGCGGUAGCGAUGGGGGAGCAGAUGGACCAAUGUUUUAUGCGAGACAGCAACGGAGAAGAUGAUGGAAACGGGAGUAGGACAAUCGUAAUGAGCACUGGCGUUAUAGGCCAACGCCUCCCGAUUCAAAAGAUCACUAACAAACUCCCAAAAGUAUACUACAACCUCGGCGACACCCAUGACCACUGGCUCUCCGCUGCCCGCGCUAUCUGCACAACAGACACAUUCCCCAAACUCGUUUCCCGCACUUUCAUGCUUCCUUCCUCAUCCAAAGAAUACCAUCUGGUUGGCAUGACGAAAGGUGCAGGCAUGAUUCAUCCAAAUAUGGCUACUCUCCUUGGAAUAAUCUGCACAGAUGCGCCAAUCGCCCCGAUGCCGCUACAGGGUCUUCUAAGAAGUGCUGUCACUAAGAGUUUCAAUAGCAUUAGUAUCGACGGCGAUACAUCCACGAAUGACACGGUGGCUAUCCUUGCGAACGGCGCAGCAGGGGGGAAGCCGAUCGAAGACACAUCAUCGGCUGAUUUCAAGGCGAUGCAGGAAACGCUUACGGAAUUUGCGAUUGACCUCGCGAAGCUAGUAGUCCGAGAUGGAGAGGGAGCGACCAAGUUCGUAACGAUCAAAGUUACGAAUGCGAAGACCUAUGAUGAUGCGAGACGCGUUGCAUCUACUAUUGCACGGUCACCGUUGGUAAAGACAGCGCUGUAUGGCAAAGAUGCCAACUGGGGACGUAUUCUCUGCGCGACGGGAUAUGCGGAAGGUGUGUCGUCCGUUGUACCUGAAGAGACAUCCGUCAGCUUCGUCCCAGCGGACGGAAGUGAAGAGCUCAAGCUCCUCGUAAAAGGCGAGCCGGAGGCCGUGGAUGAGGAGCGCGCUGCGAAGAUGCUCGAGAGCGAGGAUUUGGAAAUCUUAGUUAAGCUUAGUGAGAAGUUUGAUAAAGAGGCCGUGUAUUGGACUUGUGAUUUCAGUCAUGAGUAUGUAACGAUUAAUGGAGAUUAUAGGACAUAGGGCUUAGAACUGUGGGCUGUUAGGAAAGCUUCUUUUUCUUAUUGUAGAUAUAUAUUAUGAGCUCCAUGAUUAAUGG